AUGUUGCUCCCUCCUGCACUAUAUUCCCGUCUGGCCGGGGAGCCCGGGGCGGCCGAACCGCUGCCGGUGGAGCGGAAUCCUGCGGCUGGGGCGGCGCCCUUCCGAUUCGCUCCGCGCCCCGUGCGCUUCCCGCGGGAUCACGAGUUCUUCGAGGAUGGGGAUGUGCAGCGGCACCUGUACUUGCGGGACGUGCUCACGCAAGUGUCCGAGACGCCGGAGAAAUCCAUGGUGCCUGAGUUCACCUGUCAGGUGGCUGGCUGUAGCCAAGUGUUCGCCGCCCUAGAGGACUACCAGCACCACUACCACAUGCUACACGUAAACACCUGCUCCCUCUGCAACCGUGCCUUCCCUUCUGGGCAUUUGCUGGAUGCCCACAUCCUGGAAUGGCAUGACUCUAUGUUUCAGAUCCUGGCCCAGAGGCAAGACAUGUACCAGUGCUUGGUUGAAGGCUGCCUGGAGAAGUUCAAGACCAGCCAAGCCCGAAAGGAUCACAUGGUGAGGCUACACCUGUACCCUGCGGAUUUCCGAUUUGAUAAGCCCAAGACAAACAGAGGCCAUGCCAUGUCAGCUGCAGCAGACCCGUCAGCCAGAGCCCUGAAAGAUGACAGUGACGCCAUGGAAAUCUGCUCUGACCCUGCUGCCCCAUCCCCCUGCAGGCGGACCUUCAGUCACAAGUCAGUGUGCACAUCUUCUUGUUUGUGCUGUGACCCUAGGCUUGAAAGUGGGUGACACUGGGCAAGAAGAUGUCACCUUCAUUGCAGAAUACCUUCUACUGUCUGUUUUGGCCAGGGUGCAGCCAGAGGGUUUAAAAGCACUAAGAAAAAAAACAAACACCACUGAUGGAUCCUUGCUAGGAAAGCCAGACGGACUUGCAGGGAGUGACAUGCCAGAGCUUUCUCUUGCUUCUGGAUAGCUGCCCUGAGCUGGACCCUUGCCACCUCCUUAUUUCCAUCUCUGGUCACAUGAAGCAGCCAGUGUAUAGAAAUUCAGAAGCUGAAGAUUCCAGAAAUAACCAGGACACACUGAAGGAGAGAGAUGGAGAGACCGCCUACAUGCUUCACAGUGGCUACUCUAAGAAUAUCACUAUUAAAUGUAUGAAAUAAAUUUUUUCACUAAUGGC